AUGGAUAUCACCAAGUUUGUGGUUUCGCUGAGAGAGAAGGCGCUUCUGUACGGCGACUACUCGACGUACUGGUCACAACUGUCGGGCAAGCUGCUCAACUCGCGCAAGAAACUCAACAUUGCGACUAAAAGCCGUGGGAAAUUUAAUCCCAAAGCUCCCGUGACGGCGGAGAAGAUUGCUGAGAACCAUGAAUAUGUCUACCUCCAGCUCUUGACAGCCGAACGGACAUGGGCCCAUGCCAUGUCUAUGAAAGCCUCGCACACCGCCGACACAAAAGGAAUCUCAAGCAAAACCCGGUCGCACAUCGUCUCGCGACUCGACAAGGGUGCCCGCACCGCCGAGGCGCUGGCCGAGGCCCUCACGUCCCCUGCCAGCGGCGCGUCCCCAAUCGACGUCCUCAAUGCCCGUGCCUACGCUGCCCUGCUUCGAGGCGCCGCGCUGUUCGAGAAACAGAGCUGGGAAGCUUGUCUGAAGAGCUAUGCCGUCUGCAGGAUUGUCUACAGCGCGCUGGUCACCUCGGCCAAGGGCGACGUCUUCAAGGACCUCCUCUCCGAGACCAUUGACCCGUCCAUUCGCUACGCGGCCUACCAGGCUAAGAUCCCGCGUACGGUACCUAUCCCGACCAUUGCCCGCAAAGCUUUUGAAGAAUCCGCCGACCCGGAGCUGGCAGACCAAGUUAAGGAACUGAACCCGGCCGUUUUGGAGCAUGGCGACCCCGACGCGACGAAGGCUGCUGAAGGCGCUCCAACGACAUUGGCAUGGCGGGGAAGGGAGGUCAAGAUCGAGGAUGCGGCCAUCUCCGUGGCGUGGGCUGCCGUUGGUACAGCACGGGGCAAGCUGGCUGAGAACUUAGCCUCGGCAGGGACGAUGUAUCCGAAGGACCUUGCAGCCGCGUAUGACGAUAUUUUGAUUACUAGCCAAGAUGCUGUCGAUGCCACUAAGCAGGCCAUCGACGAGCUCCGAGCUGAAGGGGUCACGCAAGGCGACGCCCGUAUGCAGAGCUUACAGAUCACGCGUACAGCGGUGGGGUUUGAAAUGAUCAGCUGGCGGAUAGGCCGCAAUCGGGUGUUGGUGGGCGAGAAUGACGGCUUGAAAUUGGACUUUGGGCCAACAUCGCGGAGAAAAAAACAGACGGAGGAGCAGACCGAGGCAGACAGGGGCCAGGACGAAGCACCGGGACGGCAAAUCGCAAGGCUAAAAGAGAAGGCCGUGCUUUAUGAGGGUAUCCUUCAGAGCAUCGAGUCUAUCAAAGAACUGCCUGGUGUGGCGAAUGACCAGGAGCUAUCCGGCCGAUUAGAAGCCACCUCGCAUUAUUUUACUGCUCUUAAGUAUGCACAGCCAACUAACUCUCCCCACAAUCCCCUUCCCUCAUCCCUCGCUAUCGCCCGCUCCCAUGCCGUCGCCGGCAACGCAGUCAACUCCCUCGCCCUCACCAAGCACGCCCAAGACCUCUGCACAUCCGCCACACCAUCCCUCUCACACGCCGCGCGUGACGAAGAUGACGACGCCUUCACCCCACGCAACAUCCAAGUUACCAAGCGUGACCUCUCCCUUCUGCAAGACACUCUCACCGGCGAGCUCCAGCGUGGCCGCGCCCUCGUCGAAAUCUUCAACUCAUCCACGCCCACCUCCCACCAGCCAACAUCCGCAGCAACAACCUCCAAACCCCCCCUUUCCGCGCGCCUAUCCGACUAUCCCGGCGGUGGCGUCGAUCUUAACAAUAUCGUCACCUACCCUCCACGCCUAGAGUCGUUCCCCGUCAAACCGCUGUUCUUGGAUGUUGCGUGGAAUUAUAUCGAGUACCCGGGCAAAUCUGCCGGUGAACAGCAGCCACAGCAGCGGGUAGAGAAGCCAGCACAGGUGGCAGCUGCGGUGACGGCGCCGGCAGAGGAAGAGGAGGAGGAGGAACAAGCGGAGGCGAAGCCACAGAAGAGGGGUUGGUUUGGAUUUGGGAGGUCGUAG